AUGGGGUUUUUGGAGCCUUUCUUUGCUGGGCUAGAGCAGGAGUCGGGCUUCUACUUCAACAUGAAGCACUUCGAGGACCUCAUGCAGGGCGGCGAGUGGGACGAGGUGGAGAGGUACCUCAGCGGCUUCACCAAGCUGGAGGACAACCGCUACUCCAUGAAGAUCUUCUUUGACAUCCGCAAGCAGAAGUACCUCGAGGCCCUUGAUAGGCUCUAA